GACGCCUUCAUCCUUUGCCACCAUUCUUUGUUCUCAUUAUACAUACAUUUGUUUGCCGUGCAUCCCAAUCGAACGCGGCAGUAUACCACUGGAUACACUAUCAAGAUGUAUCGCGAUAUCGCCACCCACGUCUACAAGCGCGCCGUCGAUGACGGCGCCGUCUACCAAUUACCUGGCUGGGCUUUUGGCUUGAUCAUCCUGGACUUCAUUGUGUUCCUGCCGUUCCUCUUCAUCAUCGGGUACACAUUCAACAAUGUCUUCCCGGUAAUCGCAAUGGUCGAGGACCCAUCUCCUCCAGCUUACGAACCCGUCUCCUUGAACGCCGAAACCGAUUCCCUCGCCGAGGACAAUGCCCCCAUCGCCGACGAGUCCGCACGCAGUGGUCAGGACACCCGAGCAAUUAGCUCGAGCUUCCGCGGACUACACCGCACCAUCAUCGCUAUCUCCGGAUGGCGAUCUUAUUUCCGUGGCCUGGCUUGCUGGCUUGCCCUGACCGUCUCGACUAUGUUUGUUUAUGGCAUCGUCAGCGCUGUCCCCUUCGUCCCUGCCAUUGUCGCCGCCAUGAUCAGCGCCAUUGCUCUUGUCCAGCUGUACGCCGCUUGGAACCAUAUCGUUAUUUCCGUACCUUCGGAAAAGCCAUUUUACCAGCGCCUCCCUCCUUUCAAGAAGGCUUUCCAGGCUUGCGCUCUGCCGACCGUCCUCUACUUUGUUGCCUUGGAGAUUCACACAUGGUUCCCCAGGUUCCUUGCCGGCGUCUUGGGCAUGACCACCUGGGAUUAUUCCUCGAACCCCGGUCAAGUCCCCCAGCCAAAGGCGAGCGACAGCUGGAAAGGCUUGAUCAUCUUCAUCGUCUCCAUCGCCAUUACUAUAUUUGUCACGAUCCCGGCCCACGUCGUCCUCACCCGCACACAGGCAUCUCUUUUGCCCGAGGAGGAUGAGACCAUCGUGCCAUUCGACCGAUCUUUCCAAGGAAAACUCGAACCCGCCAUCGUUGGUGGUAAGGGCUAUGUCACCAUUGUAGAUGCUUGGCAGACAUUCUCUCGUGCCUCGUGGGUCAGACUCGUCAAGCUCUACGUCAAGCUCUUCUUGGUCAGCUUGGCUGUCUACUUCGCCUUUGCGCUCAUCCUUGUUCCCGAGGCUCUCCUCAUCGCUCGCAGCACUGAGAAAGCUCAGUAGACUUUGUAGGACAUAUAAAAGAGCCAGAUU